AUGUCUAAAUAAUAAUCAUAUUCCAUUUGUGAUUGUGGAGAAUGUGAGAAUACUAUUUAUUAAGAUAAUCAUAAUCAUGAUCAUAAUAAUCAUUGUGAUCAUAAUCAUAAUCAAGAUUUCUAUGAUCAUCAUGAUAAUUUUAAAUUUUAAUUAGAAUAAAGUUAAGAUACAUAAUUUAUCAAAUUUUAUUUGGAAGUUCAGAUUAUAAAUAAGCAGCUAUAAUAGCAUUUUUUAAUAUCGCAUUAGCUGUUUAAACUUUUUAUUCAGGAUUAAUAAGUUCAAGUGUACAUUUAACAGAAGAGAGCUUUGAUUGUAUAUUAAAUUCAAUAGUAAUUGUAUUUGCAAUCUAUUGUGGAAUUAAAGCAAAAACAUUUUAACCAACAAAAACUUUUCCCUUUGCUAUGUAAAGAUUUGAAUAUUUAUUCUCAUUCACAUUAUGUAUCAAUAUUAACUAUGUUACAAAUAUCAAGAAAUGCACAUGAAAUUUUAGAGGAUCUUCACGUUAUUAAUCAUCCAACUGAUAAACAUGAAGAAAAAUAACAUAAUGAAUUGUACUAUGCUUAAUUUAGAAUAGCCUUGUCAUUUACAGGGAUCUUUUUAUUUAUUGAAUACAUCCAAUAAAAUUUAGUUACUGAUAAAGAAUUACUUUAAUAAUUUAUACAAAACUACAAAAAUUUAAUAAAUUUAAAUCUAUCUAAAUAUUACUAUACUCAUAAUUUGAAUAAUGCAUGCCAUUACAAUGUGAUUUUUAUGUGA